AUAAUCUGAGGCUGACUCGUUUUAUUUUCCUUCUCUUGUGGGCAGUGUCCACCUCUGAAGCCUCCACCUCUGCUCCUGACUAACAAGUCACUACCUGCUCUUUUCCAUAGCCCUCAGUUAACGCGAUUCCCCUGGCCAAACACUGCUGUGGAUGUCGUGAGACGGAUGCAAUUUCUUGGAUCUAUGUGGGAGCAACAUGACAUCUAAAAACAGGCUGGGUGGCAUUCCCUGUUGGUAGUCACAGCCGAUAUCAUCCGUCCUAGAACAGAGCAACGCCCUGACAGGUGUUUUUCCAGGAUUUCAACUAACAUUAUAAUCGCCGCCAACAUCGCCCAACAGAAGGCCAACUUGCUAAGAGGGUGUGGGAGUAUGUUGACGAUGGAUGAAAACCACAGCCCUGACAAACUGUCAGCAAAACCACAUGAGAGAGUCAGCUGGCUGCUCCUCCUCUGUCGUUUCUCUGCGGAAAGAAUGAAAGUCUAGACAGAGACAAUAUUUGUACAACGGUUGUAGCAGAUAGAAGUGCAGGCUCAAUUGUCUAUAUUAAUAAUCCCCACAUCCUGCCGCUUAGCAAAGCACGUUUGUUUACCCAACAGAAAAAAUCAUCUGAUAAGCAAAUCCUCAGAUACAGUAAUUGCAAAUAUACAAGUGGCUCCUUGAGGACAAAUUAGACAGAAAAAACACAUUGGAAAAGAGGAUAUCGUCUCAGACUGACAGGAUCAAUCACUAUCUUCAUUUCAUACAUUUUAGUUGUAGUCACAAACAAUAAUAGAGUAGUAAUAAAACACACUUCACUGACUUAACAACUAAUUUCUGCCACACCAGUAUUUAAAAGACUGACAUUUUUCCAGUGACCUUUGAGGUAAGAGAGAACCAAAUGGUCCAAAAUGGAGGAUGAUUAUUAGUUGUGUUGUACCAUCCACUUUUAUUUCACCUCCCCUGCUGGAUAAUCAACUACUCUGCAGAAAGGAAUUGGACAGUUACAGGAAUCACUGGGAAAAAUACGUCUCUUUAAUAAACAGUUUAAAUAUAUUGACCUAGCUAGCAUUAGCAUGGUCUCAGCUGGCUAGCAUAUUAGAAGAUACCGGUAAUUGAAAACUAGCCCUGCCCCCACAAAGAUAGACUUUGCUGUGCCACUUUUUACUUCUUUUUUUAUUUUUUUAUUUGCAUUUUGCCUGUUAACAAGUCACAUAGUCUCAUGUUAACAGUAUCAGAAAUCACCAAUAAUGUAUUCUUUGCUUUUUUUUGUGAUAGUGAGCCGACUUGUUUGCUUUAAUUUGGAUCGCAGCUUAUUAAAACGUUCAUGUAAAUGUUCAAUGGAAUCUACCACACCCCUAGCCUAAUCAAACACACAUCUUAUCAUAACAUCUUAAAUAUUUUCAGUACAGUAUUGAUGUCUGUGACAGUGCCACACUGUCUGCCUGCAGAAGAUAUGAAAAUACAGCACUAAAGUCAAAAAAUGUCUCUGCUGAAACACAGGGCUGUAGUUGUGGCAUAUCUGCUGACAUUGUACCCAAAUCACAAUAUAAUAUUUAGAAGAUGAAACCUUUGGCCCAGACAGACACUCAGUCAUUCUCUAAAAGCAGCCAAGACUGUUAUUGAGCAAGACUUAACUCUGCACAAAGUGUGUAUUACUUGACUUCAGAGCAGUGAGUGGGGACACAGAUUUCUUCUUAAUUACAGUACAUGUACAGCAUAGGUAACCCAUUAUUAAAGCACCGCUCAAAUACACACAUACACUCACACACAGGUCCUGUCACUGUGUCUCCCUGAACAUUCCCUCCACAGCUUGUGUUGCUGCCUGUUUGAAAGCAGCUCAGUAAUCCUGGAUCAGAGAGUACAAAGGGCCCCAGAGUGCUGGUGAUGUAAGCACUGUGUCUACUGUGUCCAGUGCUUACCCCACUGCUACCCCCCAGCUCCCACAUGCUGCCUGGGGGGGCGAGGUGGGACAGAGAGGAACAUCCCUGUCGUGGCUGACCCUGAAGACUGCAGACUGACACACAAACUGUGAUAGUGGUAGGCUAAUGGCAGCCGGUGUGCUCUGUCUCAGGGGCCUGCUGCUGAUGACCUGGGACACAGUGGGAAGGAGAAAGUGUUGACCAGCCCGCUGUAGAGGAAUGCGGGUAGGCUGUGGGGAUUGGUGGAGCGGCUCGGUGUGACUAGCGGACAGACUGAGGGACUGCUGCCUCUACUACUCUUCCCUUGCCUUAUUCGUGGAAGGUCACAUUGCCACAGUUCUCCAUGGACUUGCAAGACUCCAAGCACACCAUGUGGGGUCUGAACGCCAGACUGAAGGGCUUCCUGGAGCAGGUGAACUGGCUGCAGGAGGCCAACCAGCAGCUGGAGGCUCAGAUAGCCGAUUGGGGCGUCAGGAGCACCUCACGCUCCCGGGACUGGUCCCAACAAGAACAGACUGUCAAUGAGCUCCGUGCACAGGUUGGCAAACUACUGAUGGAGAAUGCCCAGCUGGCAUUGCAGUCUGACAACAUGAAGUCCAGAGCUGCUGCCAUCCAGGCCAGGUGUGAGACGGAGGAGAGGAACACCAGCCGUCUGGAGCAACAGGUGGCUCUGCUCAGGCAGUCAAAGAGGAAUGCAGAUCAGAGCAGCAUGACGCUGCAGGCGGACCUACGGCACUCCAUGACAGAGCUGCAGGAGAUGCACCAGGAGUUUGAGGCAGCCCGGGCUCUACAGCUGCAGCGAGCCGGCUCCUGCGAUGCUCUGUUAGUGACGGCCACAGCAGCAGCAGCAGCAGCAGGACGGGAGGAGGAGGAUGGCACAGGGAUGGAGCUCACCCAGCUCCUCGACCGAAUCAGAGCGCAGUGCGAUCAGAGCAGACUUCCCGGCCCAGGCGGGAGACACCUUGGCCUGGGCGCCGUUUCAAAUCCACUCCCCAGCUCGGUCGGGCCUAGCCGCUCUGGAGCAGCAGCUGCAUCCAGAACACACGGAGGAGCUCUCAGUGAGGAGGAGGCAGCAUGGGCACAGGUGAGCCUCGGGAGUGCUGUGCUGAGGGAGGCCCGGGCCGAGCUGGCUGAAGCCAGGAAGCAGUGGCACUCCCUGCAGGUGGAGAUUGAGACCCUACAUGCCUUGGAGAAAGGCCUGGAGAGCUCCCUGCAGAACACCCAGCAGCUGUAUUCCAGCCAGCUGCAGGACCUUUCCCAGGUGAUCGCUGGGCUGGAGAGUGAGCUGGAGCAGGUGAGGAGCGGACUGGCCACCCAGCGCCAACGCCACAGCGAGCUCCUCAACACCAAGAUGAGGCUGGAGCGAGAGAUCUCUACUUACCGACGUCUGCUGGAGCGUGAAGAGGGCAGGUACAUGGGUCGUAACGGGCAGCCAAUGAGUCUGCGGCCCUGGAGGUCGUUCGUGGAGGAGCCGAAGGAGAACGGGCUAGAGAACGGCUUCAGUGACCCUGCUGUUACUCCGGAUGAACCCAAGUCUGAACCCCUGCCUGAAAUACCUUCUCUCCUGCCAGCAGACAACGGGCUAAAGAAAAGCAUACUGCAUAGACAGCAAAGCCUUGUGAUACUCACAGAGCCAGAGCAAGAUAAAGACUUGCCAAUCUCCACUGUGAAGACUCAGGAGAUUCUUCAGGGCAAUGUGGUGCGAGAGAGUGCAGAGGGUCAUGGCACCAUCGAGACCGAGAAGAUUGACAAGGUGAUAAAGCAGUGGGAAGGCUCUUUCUUUAGAGGGAAUCCCAAGCUGCGGAAGAAGUCUGUGUCGCUGCGUUUUGACCUGCACAUGGCUGCAGCAGAUGAGGGGUGUGCCCAGACUAAACAGGACAGCCUCCCCGACGUGGAGGUGCGCCUCAUCAUGAAGAGAUCUCGCAGCAUCCCGACUAUCACACAGUGACUCUGUCACUGGUUCGCUAGAGUUAGCACUGGUGUGUAGCUGUUUGUGGUAACACACUGGUGAUGUUGAAGUUACAGAAAUAACAUCUGGGAUAUUGUCAUCCACUACCAUCAUGCUUAAUAUGAAUUUCAAAUUACAACAAUUAUUAUACUUUGCAUCACAACUGAUGACUGAACCUGAAAUUUCUGUCAACAAACCUGACUCUGGCAAGAUAAGAAUUACCCAUCAGGCUUUUGUGCUAUCGGGGACAUUUUUAUAGUGCCAGAAAACCACAUCAAAUACAUCAGACCUAUUGCAAUUUAAUAUGUUAAAUUUAAUAUGUUAAAUUAUAAUAUAUUUUUUCGUCAUCAUUCGAGAUGAAGAAAACGUGUCUCUCAAAGCUGUCAUUAGUUCAGUAUGAGGUCACUGGACAAAGGAGAUUAUAUUGACCAUAUGACUGCUUAACUACAGCAUUUAUUUCUGAUUAACACUUGGUACAGGUGGCUGAGUGCACAGGUAGAUGGAGGUAAAUGAAGCUGUGGUUUCAUAUUUUUAUUUUAAGGGACUGUACAUAAAUUGUUAGGGCGAGGGGGUUUCAGAAAAUGGGAAGGAUUUUUUUUUAGGCCCUGAAUGCUAUCUCUCCGGUUAGCACUUAAUUUGUUACUAUCCAACUCUGAGCAUCGCAACAGAAAGCAGAACUACAGUAAAGUAAAAUGUAUAUAAAAAAGCAAAAAGUAUAUGUGCCAUAUAAAGAUUGACAAUACUGAAUAUAUUCUGAAUAUUCAGUAAACAGGAAUCAUAUAUUUUUGGUAAUUGCCAAUUCCACUUGUAUUGUGCAAUUUGGAAAAAUAUUAUUCAUUCAACAUUUAAAGGUUAUAUAUAUGAAAUAGAGCACCAGCAUUUCAGACCAAAGCAGUGUGACAGAUAUAAAAUAAACUAAAAACCAUGUUUGUUAGACUUUCCACAGACUUUCCACCAAUCACCGACUCUGGUUUGGUCAAAAUAAACUCUUAAUUCACUGAGAAAAUAUUUGGGAAAAGGGCUCCAACGGCUGCAAUGUAAGCUUAACGUAAGUGGACCUGUCAAAGUACAGUUCUUGUUUUUGCCACUGACAGGCUCACAUUUGUGUUCUGUUAUGUCUGACAAUUUUAUGGAAAGGAUCCCUACAGAGAUAAACCUUUUGUUUAACCAGAAACAGCCGUAAUAUCACUAUUGCUCGCCACCAGACUUCAGAGACAAACUUCUUUUACCUUGCAUAUCAUUGUAACAUAAUUUCAUUAAAAGUGGACAAAAACAAAACAACACAACAAAACUGUCUUUGUUAGUCUUUUCACUGUUCUAACAACCACUAACUCAGGUUUUGGUUCAAAUAAAUCGUUAAUUCACAGACAUAGAUGAUAAAAACAGCUGUUUCAGUCGCUCUACACAGAACAGACCAGAUAUACAAACAAACCACAGGGAGGCGGCAAUAACAACACAGCAGAGGGAUUCAUUCUCUGUUCAGGACACCGGGACUCUACUAUACUUUACAGAGCAAACAGUUGUUUGUUGCUAUAUUAAUGUUUUCAAUCUCAUAUAUAUAUAACCUUUAAGGUUUAAAUUGGAGCACACCAUAUCUUCAUAUCUUGUGCACUUUUAGCCAUUCACCAGUGUUAUAUUACUGUAAGAUUUUACAGAGAGGGUGUUGCAGUUUUUCUCUUUGUCAAGGGAAGGGUCCAUUAAAAAUAUUAAUGUUGGAGAUGGCCACGCUUUUUAAAAAACAUAAUGUUCCCACCCUAAUUAUUUCUGUACAGUCUCUAAAUGCUUGCACUGCAUACAGCACUUAGAAGAACAGUAAAGGUAUUUUGUCAUUGCAGUUCUUUCUCUAUGUGGAGGGGGAAAAAAACUUGCAACUCAAAAUGAUAGUGUAGCUAUAUUUUAUGAUGCAUUAUCAAAAAAAAAAUGUGCUCACUGUGACUGUUAACUGCAGUGAGGCUCCUAACACUCACCAUGUGUCUCAGAGAAUUUCAAUUCCCUGUCUUAACCAGAGGAGGGCAGUAUUUGUAAAUAGUUAACACUGCAGUGUAUCUUCAAUGCUCAACUCGGGUUGUGUAGAACAUGCUCUGUUGCACCUUAGAUUAAGAGUUUUUAUGCUAAGUUUUGAGUUGGCACCAAAGAUACAAGUAAGAAAACGACCAUUGUGCAUUGCAUUUGGGUGCCUCAGAAUAUAUCGAGAAUAUCUGAAGAUAUUAUCUAUGCAGUUCUGUGCUUUUUUGCUUUGCUUCAUGAAGCACACUCUUCAUUUGGGAACUCUGUAACUUCAGAAUGAAGCAUUCUGCUUUUAUCUAACAAUUUAUCAUUUAAAAUAAAAAAGAACUAUGUGCA